AGGAACAGACGUUAGUUAUACUUUUAGCGUUUUAAAAAAAUUAUGUGAAGUUGAAUGUUAUUGAGAAAAUGUGUAUUAGUCACGUCAUCUCUCAUCCUCUUCACGAUGAUAUGUUUGGGUUGAAUUAUCAGUAAAUUGUUAAGAAAAUACAGUAUCUGCUUUAACUUGUGUUUGGGUACUGCUAGUGAUUGUCUCAGCUGUUAUAGCUAGUCGAUCUACUUGACAUGGCAGUGAAGGUAUCGGAACGGAGGACGUGACCGAGUUAUUAUGCCUUACGUGCCUUCUCCACCUCAGCGGAAUGACAGCCUGCCCAGCUACUCUAGGACAGCUCCCCCCAUACCCCCAGCUCCCGUCAAGAGAAACUCAUUCCAGCACAAACUACGCCCAGCUUCGGAAAUAUAUUACUCUGUAUCUCGCGCCUCUUCAGCUUCUUUGAGAAAAAUGGCAUAUGAUAAGGCUUUAGAGAGGCCAGGGUCAGCUGAUUCAGCCAGCAUGUCGUCCUGUCCGAUUUUCACUCACGAAGUAAAGACAUUGUUCAGAGACAGUUUUAAGACACUCCUGGAAUUCUAUGAAAGUGGACAUCUUUGUGAUGUGGAACUUAAGGUCGGGGAUAAAUCAUUUAAGUGUCAUCGAACGGUUCUUGCAUGUGCCAGUCUGUAUUUUCGAGCCAUGUUCACUUCUGAAAUGGCGGAAAGUAAGCAAGGUGUGGUGACUAUUUACGAUAUUGACGAGAAUGCUAUGGAAAAGCUUAUUCGAUUUGUUUACACAUCAAAAAUCAGCCUGACCACGGACAACGUUCAGUCGAUCCUGUACGCAUCCUCAAUUCUCCAGAUCGAGGCCGUCGCUCAGGCGUGCUGCGACUUCAUGAAGACCCACCUCCACCCAUCAAACUGUAUAGACGUGAGGAACUUUGCCGAGCAGCACAACCGGGUGGAGCUGAUGAAGACUGUGGAUGAAUACAUCCUGGAUCACUUCCUGGAAAUCACGGGAAGCCCUGACUUCAAGAACAUGCCGGUGAACCUGCUGGAGAGACUGGUGUCUUCUCCGGACCUGCACGUGGAGACUGAGGAGCAGGUGUACGAUGCUCUGAUGGCAUGGGUGAACCACGACGCCGAGGCACGCGGGGAACACCUCCCCGGGCUCAUCUCCCAUGUCAAGCUGGCCCUCAUGGACCCGACUUUCCUCAUGGAGAAAGUGGAGACAGCUGAAUUGAUAAAGAAGAACCACGAUUGUCGCGAUUACCUCGACGAGGCCAAGUAUUACCAGAUGUCUCUGGUCAGUCUCGUGCCGGAUGUCAAAGUCACACCUCGCACGUGUCCAAGGAAAGCUUAUGCAGGUGUGUUGUUCUGUGUUGGAGGACGUGGAGCGUCAGGAGACCCCUUCAAGAGUACUGAGUGUUACGAUGUCCGCAGAAACAAGUGGUUUGACGUCGCACAGAUGCACACCCGGCGCCGGCACGUUGGUGUAUGCUCAGUUAAUGGUUUGCUGUAUGCAGUGGGUGGACACGACGGCACAGAACAUCUCAGCAGUGGAGAGGUGUUUGAUCCCAAAACCAACAAGUGGAAGGAGAUACAUCCAAUGGCAACAUUCAGACGAGGAAUAGCCCUGGCCAGUCUUGGAGGUCCGAUCUACGCGGUGGGUGGUCUGGACGACUCGACCUGCUUCAGCACGGUGGAGAGAUAUGACAUCCUCACAGACAGCUGGUCAUCGGUCGCUAGCAUGACCACACCGAGAGGCGGGGUCGGCAUCGCGUCACUCAAGGGUCAUAUCUAUGCUAUUGGGGGCAAUGAUGGAACGAGCUCACUUGACAAGUGUGAGCGCUAUGACCCGUAUUUAAACAAGUGGACGCCUAUCGGCAGCAUGAACAAAAAACGGGCAGGAGCUGGAGUGGCAGUGCUGUAUGGUGCUAUUUAUGUUGUAGGUGGUUUUGAUGACAACUCCCCCCUCGACUCGGUGGAGCGGUAUGACCCAAAGUCUGACACGUGGUCUGUGGUCAAUGGCAUGUUGUGUUGUCGGGGAGGGGUCGGGCUCGACGCACUUGGAGGCAAACUGUACGCAGUGGGCGGCCAUGACGGAUCUAAUUAUCUCAACUCGGUGGAAGCCUUCGACCCAAUCACUGACACGUGGACAGUGAUGCGAGGAAUUCAGCAGUUCCGAGCGGGAGCUGGCGUCACGGCGUGUGAUAGUGUGCUAAAGAAUCUGAGGAAAGUUGUGCGGAACACAUCCGAACGCUUACAAUUCCUUAUUGGACUGGUCCAGUAUUAGCAACUAUAACUUGCUGUUAGGGUGGGAUCUGGUCCUGUGAACCAGUCUACACAAGUUACCUAUCACUUGAACCAGUCUAUUGCUUGAAGGUUUGUCUUCAAGAGCAUUACAUUACCAAUGGCAUAACUAAUCCAACUUAUGGCAUGUUAUUUAGAUCUGUACUUCUUUUGUACACCUGAAACAAUUUUUAUAUUUCAUCGAUGCCAUUUUAUAUUCCAUUAUGGCUUUUGUAUUUUAGUAUUGCUUUAAAAUGACUUUACACUUUCCUUUGUAAAUGAAUCUGAAAAGUUCUUGACAUGGAGUGUGGGUGAGGGAGACAAUUAUUUUAUGUAUAUCAAAAUUUACAAUUUAAAACCCCAACAGCAUAUACAUGAGAGAAAAGAUGUGAUAGACCCAUCAAGAUAGAAUAAUAAUUACAAUGCCUCCUGCAUACUCCCUCCCCUACCCCCAUAACCAAAUAUGGAACAACCAUAUUGUAUAUGUGAUUUUUUUAAAAUUAUAAAACUUAACUUCUACAAGGAAGCAUAUAAUAAUCAAAUUUUCUAUUAAUGUUCCAGAUACGGUGACUAGACUAUUUUACAUUAUCUAAUUAUGGUUUAAAAUGAUUUACAUUCUAGCUAUUUGCACAUAAAACUAUAUUUGUAGAGCAAAUAUUAGUGUACUGUUUAUAUUCUAUAUAAAAAGCUGAUGACUAAAAGCUUUUGAUACUUUUAUUUAAUGUCAUGACCGGGGCGGGACAUAGCCCGGUGGUAAAGUGUGUGCUUGAUGUGUGAUCAGUUUGGGAUCAAUCCCCAUCGGUGGGCCCAUUGGGCUAUUUCUUGUUCCAGCCA